GGUUGCUGGGAGUUGUAGUCUCUACCUGUGCCAGCAGGCAUGGCGGCCUCCAUGGCGGGAGGCUGUGGAGUAGCCAUGGGUCUAGCCCGGAGCGUUGGAGCCGCCAGGGCGCUGCGCCCUGCGCCGACCUCCGUCGCUUGCUGCGCCCGCGCGGGGCCGGGCCGGCAGCAGAGCACUGGACCUUCGCAGCCCGACGCGUUCAAGCCGCCCCCCAAGCCAGUGAUCGUGGACAAGCGCCGCCCCCCGCGCCCGGAAACCCGGUUCUUGAGUCCUGAAUUCAUUCCUCCAAGAGGAAGAACAAAUCCUCUGAAAUUUCAAAUAGAAAGACAAGAUAUGUUAGAAAGGAGGAAAGUGCUCCACAUCCCAGAGUUCUAUGUUGGAAGCAUUCUUCGUGUUACUACGGCCGAUCCAUACGCCAGUGGGAAAACCAGCCAGUUCCUGGGGAUUUGCAUCCAGAGGUCAGGAAGAGGGCUUGGAGCGACGUUUAUCCUCAGGAAUACUAUUGAAGGACAAGGUGUUGAGAUUUGCUUUGAACUUUACAAUCCUAGAAUCCAGGAGAUCCAGGUGGUCAAAUUAGAGAAGCGGCUGGAUGACAGCUUGCUGUACUUACGAGAUGCCCUUCCUGAGUACAGCACUUUUGAUGUUAAUAUGAAGCCAGUACUGCAUGAUUCUGGCCAAGAAGUUCCUAUUAAUCAGCUGAAAGUAAAGAUGAAGCCGAGGCCCUGGUCCAAACGCUGGGAGCGCCCAAAGUUUAAUAUUAAAGGAAUCAGAUUUGAUCUUUAUUUAAUUGAAGAGCAAAUGAGAGAAACUCAGAAGUGGAGUCAGCCAUAACUUGAGUUUGAUAUAAUGAGGGAAUAUGAUACUUCAAAAAUUGAAGCUGCAAUAUGGGAUGAAAUUGAAGCAUCAAAAAAGUCGUGAUCUAAACAUGUAUUUAGCUCCUUGCAGAAGAUGUACUGACUCUCAGAGUAUUUUUUUAGAGACCAGUUUAAUUUCAUAUAUAAGGACAUAUCAUUAAAUCAACUAUUCAUUAUAUGAGUACUGUUAUAAAAAAAAUAAAAUUAGCACAUCAGUUUAUUACUUUAAAAAGAGAAAUGUACAUGCCAAGUGGUCUGGUGUCUAUUCUGUUACUGGAGGCAGAGCUACAAUAGAGUCAAAGUAUUAUAGAAUCCCCUAAUGUAAGCCUGAAAUCUGAACAAGGAAGUAGGUAACAGCCCUGACAGUGGGAUCUGCCCCAUCAGGCAGGCACAGCCCACCCUACACCUCCACUCAGUAGUGCCAGGGCAACACAGGUAGAAUGUGUCUCCUUGUUCGGAGUCAUCAGAGUCCCCAUUCCCACUCACCUAGUACCCAGCCCUUCCAGUGAAGUGAGACGGAGCAGGAGCAAAGGCCAGCGGCGGGGCAGGACAGGUGGCAGGACAUAGUCACCUCGGGAGGCACUGGGAUAGAGAAGAGGGUGGGAGAGAAGGUAUCUAACUCCAACUCCCUGGGUCUCCCAAUCUCUGUCCUCCCCUCUCACAAGUCCCCCUGAACCAGUGCCCACAGCCAGGCCAGGAGACCACGGCUAUAGGGGCUCCGGCCUCACAGGUCUCCAUGUCUAUUACCCUUGGAUAAGACCCGAAUCAGUUUCUACAACCUAAAUCGGUCCUUGUCUUAAGUGCUUACAAUGCUUCCAGAGCUUCCCAUCCCCCUGUGGGGUGAAGUCUACUAAAAGCAGACUCCAGAGCCCUGAAUGAGCAGGCAGCUGAGGAAUUGGACUGAGAGAGUUAGACUCACCAAACUGAGCUAAGAGAAGGAAAAUUUAGAGAAAGAACCACUGAGCCAAGAUCCUGGCUAAAAAAGUGGAACUUGAAUCAAGGGAAAUUUGAGAGAAGUGCUAGCCUAGAUGUGCCCAUUGGACACCUAAGGGCCUUCUGCACUGAGUAGCUCCUCCUUUCCUUAGAAAUGCUUUUAAAGCCAAAGAGGUGAUGGGUGACAAAAAGAGCUUUAAAAAACUGGUGAUGUCCUACAGAGCAAGAAACAAAUUUUACUUUUCCUACCAUACUCUGUUGAGCUGUCAUAUACUUGAGGGAAAUGCAUUUUAGCGAUGUAAAAAUCAACAUAUCCGGCCCCUCCCUACUCGAAAGUAUCCACUAUGAAUACGGAGAAUAUGGGUGCGAACGCCAGGGAUGUCAGGAGGAAGAGUGACCCUGACAUGGGGAAGAGGCACAGGUGAGUGAGGCCCCACUGAAGGGCGGUGUCAUUUUCUUUUUUUUCUUGGGCUCUUUGCUUAGGCUCAGGACUGGACUUGAGGAAAGAAUUCCAGUUUACUUCCCCUUUAUUGAAACUAGGCAACCAUAGCACAUAUUUUACAAAUUGUUUCACUUGGGUGAAACUGCACUUUGGAAUUCUAUCAUAAGAAAAAUCUUGGAAAAGAUACAGACAGUAAAUGUAGUUUUCUGCUUGUCAUUAUGAAGCAUAAUUGUCUUCAGAUUAUACUAGAGUAUGAGUACAGUCGAGAGUAACUUUCUAGCUUUUUUGCUUAUCUCAGUGCACAUGAAAAAUGACAUUUUUAGAGCGUUUAUACCAGUAAAGAAUUUAAGGAAGUGAGAGUCAUGUUUUAAAAUAGGAGCCUUGCAUUUAUUUUAAAAGAUGAAAAAUUUAAAAACAUAGGAUUUACUUUUUAAUAGCCUACCGUGUGUGUUGUGUGUCAUGACUUCUUUAUCUGUUGAUGGACACUUAGGUUGUUUCCAUGUCUUGGCGGCUGUAAAUAAUUGUUAUAAUCCUUCAAGAUAUAUACCUUGAAGUGGAAAUGCUAGAUCAUGUGUUAGUUCUAUUUUCAAUUUUCUGAGGCUUCUCCAUACUGUUUUUCCAUAGUGGCUAUAACAAUUUGCAGUCCCACCAGCAGUGCAAGAGGGUUCCCUUUUCUCUGCAUCUUUGCUUGCAUUUGUUAUGCCCUUUGAAGGAGAGCCAUUCUCACAUGCAUAAGGUGAUACUGUGAUUUUGAUUUGCAUUUUCCUGAGGAUUAGUGAUGUUCAGCACAUUUUCAUGUACCUGUUGUCCAUUCCUAUAUCUUACUUGGAAUCUAUUAAUGUCCUUUGCCCAUUUUUAAAUUGGAUUGCUUGUUAUUUUGCUAUUGAGUUAUAAGAGUUCUAUAUUUUGUGGCCUUGUAAGAGCCACAAAAGUGUUUUAUUCUCCUCUAAAUAAGAAAAUACUACAAACAGUAUUCUGCUGUUGUUGGAUGGAAUGUUUUGUAUAUGUCUAUUAGCUCCACAUGGUCUCUAAUGUUCAAAUCCACUGUCAUUCUUUGUCUGAAUGAUCCAUCUGUUGUUGAGAGUUGGGUACUAAGUUCUCAACUUUUAUUAUAUUGCUGUUUAUUUCUCCUUUUAGCUGGUAAUUUUAAAUGUUUAGUUGCUUUGAGUGCAUAAAUAUUUACAAUUAUAUCUUCUUGAUGGAUGGA